AUGCCAAGCUCAUGCAAUGAUAUCCGUGAGUCGCCCAGCUCCCGGUACCACAGAUCCUACGCCCUGUCAGAUGAGCUAACCGCAUGUCCAGGCGAGGCACUGGCCCAGUGCCUGCAGGAGUCGGACUGUAUUAUGGUCCAGCGUCAUACGCCGCGCGAAUGUCUCACCUCGCCGCUGGCUGAUGAGUUACCUACGAAGUGUCAGCAGUUGGCGAAGGGGUUCAGCGAGUGCAAGCGCGGCAUGGUCGAUAUGCGCAAGCGAUUCCGCGGUAAUCGUCCCAUUGCGGUCGCUAAGGAGAUGGACGCCGAGAAGUCAUAUUCGGGCGGGCAGCUUUACGCUGGUAAACCGGCCUACCAGUCCGUGAAGGAAAUCAGUGGUGACGAGGUGCAAAUGGACCCCGAGAAGACUCGCGGUCUGUAA